AUGGUCUCGUUCUUGUACUUCUUGCUGCAUAUCCUUCUGUGGCGACUUCGGGGAAGCCCGCACGAGGAUUUCCAAGCAAGCGUCGUCGUUCAGAAGGUCUCCCAGGCAUACAGCAGCUCGGAGCACCAUGAGAGGAGGCUUCAAGAUGCUGCUACAUGUGAGGAGGUUCACACAGCUGGCACCUGGGGCCCCAUGAGGAUUGGAUACGAGAUGGUUGAUAUCGAUUCAGUCCCAUCGGAGCUGGUGGAGUUGGUAAACCAGACCGUGAUGGCACGAGCUGUGGCUUAUUGGUCCUCGGUGCUCCAGGUGCGUCAGGCCCAGAGCCCUCUGAAGAUGGACCGCAUCGGUACCGGCUGUUUCAAAUAUGGCUUUGACACAGACUGGCGAUGCAGCGGUAUGAGAAGUCCAACCUGCGGCUUGAUGACCAUUCCAGACAAGUAUCUGCGAAGCAAGCGAGCCUGCCAGGAAGUAUGCGGACCGCGCUGCGCUGGAAGCUGUGUCCAAGGAGGCAGCUGCGCCUGCGACGUCGACGAAUGGCUGGUGCAACAAGACAGUUACUGCUGCUACUUGACACCACAGGCUGGAUGUCCAAGCGACUGCUCGCUCGCGAACGCGACGCAGGUGAGCAACGGCGCUUUGGGUGGCUUUGUUUGUGAGGGUGGUUGUGUUGAUGCACCAGAAGGUGAAGGAGCCACGGAGGAAGAUCUCCAUGUAUUUGUCAAGAUAGAAGACUCAUCGGAGUGCCAAAGUUCCUCCACUCUGCUGGCUUAUGCCAUUUCCUGCGGCGUUGACCAGUGUGACCGUCCUGUGUUUGGGUUUAUCAACUUCUGCCCAUCGCAGCUGUCCACAUCGCCCGAUGAGCUGAACGGAAUGAUUUCCACUGCUUUGCAUGAGUUGGCGCAUGUGCUCGUCUUCAGCAACGAGCACUUCCGCAACUUCCGCAAUGCCGAUGGAACCCCAAUGAUUCCCAGGGAAGCUGGAGAUCCAAGGCUGUACCAAGACGAAGUUCGGUAUUCCUGCAGUGCCGACUCCUUCCUCUGGAAUGAUACAAGCGGCGGCCGCAGGUACGUGGAUCUUAGUCCUGACAUCCUUGACACAUUCGACGAGCGGGGCUACAGCUGCCAGUGCCCGAUCGGCACGCCGAGCUUCAGUCCAGGAUGCUUCUACCCUGCUGGUGCACCGUAUCUGCAGAUGCCGAGCUGCGUGGUGCGACUGAAGACGCCGACGGUGCUCCGCGAGGUCAGGGACUUCUUUGAUUGUCCGACACUCGCUGGUGCAGAGCUGGAGAACCAAGAAGGCAGCGGUUGCAGCAUCAUUAACAGUCACUGGGAGCAGAGGGUGUUCACUUCCGAGCUGAUGGCGCCUGCGUCUUCGGAGCACUUGAUUGACACCUACGUUUCCCGAGUCAGCUUAGCUGUGUUCCAGGACUCUGGUUGGUACAAUGCAAACCUCUCUGCUGCUGAUCCCUUGAUUCCCGGCGUUCACUGGGGCUACAAGCAGGGCUGCAAUUUUGCAACAGCAAAGUGUGUUGAUGGUGGGACACCCGUUUCUCCACAGUUUUGCAGCAGCUCUGCAGAUGUAUCGUGCUCGUUGGACAGGAGAUCCGUUCUGGGUUGUGACAUUCAGCUUCUGGAUUCAGUUCCGCCGGUGUACCAGUACACGCCUGACAACGGCCUGGGCCGUUUGGCCGCAGCUGAUUACUGCCCACACUAUGCCGUGCGUUACGUGAAUCGUGUCUGCUCCAACAACGAAUCAGUCACCGUGCCAUAUGGGAACGUCAACUUCAUGAAGGAAGUCUUCUCGGCGGAAAGCCGGUGCUUCAUGAGCACACUACACCAGGAUGUUCCAGCUGACAACGGAGGUACAUUCGUGGCGUCGCCAGAUGAUUUUGUCAACCAGAGGCCGGUCUGCUACAAAGUGGCCUGCACCGACGGUGGGCAAAGUUAUCAGCUCCAGGUGGCUGACCAGACAGACCCGACAGCCUUUCUGUCGGUUGGAAGCUGCACGAACGAAGGUCAGAAGCUGACACUGGCCGGUGCAGGCGGCACAAUCACUUGCGCGGCACCUGCUCAAGUUUGCAGUGACUUGUCGCCGCGACAUGUUCUCGGAGAUGAGUGGCAGCAUGCACCGGCACAAGAAACCAGCACCACGGCGACAAGCACUACUCGUAGCACUGCAACCGUGACAAGCGCGACAGCUUCCACCACCACACACUCAGGUGCGACUCGUACUUCGACGUCCACGAUAACGGGCACCUCCUCCACGAUUGCGGGAACGAUCACCACAACCGGUUCCACCCUUACAUCAACUUCCGUGGCCUUCGAUUCGGACGAAUUAGCUGCGGCCGGGCGCCCCGCCGGAAUGAUGGGGCUGACGGUUGGAGCAGCUUCUGAGAAGCUGCACCAUAGGGGAGGGCACGACACGCUCCUCGAAGAUUUCGAGUCGCAUGGGAUGAAGGAUCAACACGCAGUGGGAUAUCAGAUGCAAGAGGCUGGUACCACCAACCUCUUGAAGGAGGUCCUGCGUCAGCUGGACGAAGACAAAUCUCACCGGGAACAAGACAUGGAGAAGCUGAAGGCGGAGGUCUACUCGCAACAGGAUGCGAGAAAUGGAAUGGCAACAGGCAAGCAACUUUGCCUUGAAGUUGUCCGCCUAGCUUCGAUUACCGUGCAAGGUGCUCCUGCAACCUCGCUGCAGGCGUUGGCAGCAGCGCCGGUGCUGGGUCUUGGGGCCUCAACCGAGUCCAGAGAGCCCGACGACGGCAAUUUGGGGGAGCUCCUCAAGAGCCAGCUGGUAGAGCUGGGGAACUUCGUGGGUGGCCUGAAGCUGCGCAAGGAAGCCCCGCCAGCUCCAGAUGCGGAUUCCUGGACUCCAGAGUGGGCCACGCGAAGGGUCCCCUCGCCCACCCGGGACGCGGCGCCGCGGUCCCUGGACGCGAGCCUCUCGGAUCUUCUCCCACUCCCGGCCCUGAAGCCAAGAGAUUUGCAAAGUGCCAGCCCCGUGAGCUCGAAGAGCCAUGCGACGAGCUUCCAGAGCCCAAGCUCAGGCCUGGGCUACGAGCUGGAAGUGCUGCGGCUGCAGAUUUCAGCCCUGGCCCAGUCGCUCGCAGGUCUUGGGGCGUGCGUGAUGAACUGGUCUGCUGGGCUGGUGAACUCUCACCGGCAAGAGCUGGCAGACAUGGUGCUGCGCUACACUCUACCGUGCGAGCAUCUCAGCAAAGAGCUGAAGGAGCUGUGCCGGGACCUGCAGUCCGUGGAGCUCUUUCCACGCGAGCCUUCGUCCGGCUACCAGGAUUGCAGAAAAGCGGUCGAGAAGCCACUGACCCUGAGCGCUCUUCAAGAAAUGCUCCUACACCAAAGAAGACAGGCGCGGCAGACGGAUGAGGUCCGUCACGAUGCGAUGUCAUCUGCCAUUCCAGACGAAGCCCUGGAGCUGGAGAGGAUUCGGUGGAGCAUGGAGCGUGAAGCAGCCCGAAUGGAGGACUGGGAGCGGGACCACAAAAGAGGCAUCACUGUCGGCGAGCAUCCCAAGGCCAUCCUGAAAGAGCUGGCGCAGACUCUCCUGGGUGGCACGUUGGAGGAGGCCUUGGCGAAGAUUCGUGAAGAUGUCUCCUCCCACAAGGAGCAGUUGGAUCUCCAGGCAAGGGCUCUCAGAGAGGGCCUCUUGGACAUGGCCGGCCUCAAGGCCGCGGGGCCGAGGCAGGAGGAGCAGACGCGGAGGCUCCUUGGUGAGCUGCGUGAGGAGCUGUCCAUGCAGACUCAGGGCGUAAAGGCCGCCUGCGAGACAGUGGCGCAGGAGUUAGCUGCAAGAGCUGCAGAGGACUGUGCAGCCUCGAAGCAGCAUGCCGAAGCGCUUUGCGACCAGUUGAGGCAGCAGGUGGAGAGGUCGCAGGAGGUUGAGGUCAAGAAGCUGGAGCAGCUGGUGCAGGCCGCGCAGAGGCAGGUCGAUGUUCUUGAUGCGCGGCUUCAGCAGCAGCCCAGCCCUGCCGAAGCACUUCAAGCGCAGCAGCUUGCAGCGCAGCAUGCUGCAUUGGCUGACAGCCUCGCAGGCGAGGUGCGGACUGCCGUCCUUCGGGCGCAGGAGUCGGCAGCUUCAGCUGCUUCGCAGGCGACAUCUGCAGAAAGCCAGGCAGCCGUCGCCCAGAGUGCUGUAGAAGCUGUGGCCACAGCGGUUGCAGCUGCGGAGAAUCACGCUCGUGACGCGCAGAAGUCAGCUGAUGCCGGGUCACGAAGCGUUGAAACAGCUGAGACGCACGCCUCUGCAGCCCGGAAUGCCCUGCUGGCCGUGCAAACCAACGCGGAGCUCGUGCGGGAGAAGAGCGCUGGGGUUGAGCAGCACUCGGCCUCCGUGCAAGGCAUGGCGGAGGCCAUGGCAGAACAGGCUUCUGCGCUGCAAGCGACGUCAUCUGCGGUCGGGGCCGCGAGCGAGCGUGCGACGGCAGCGUUGUCAUCGGAGGCAGAACGUCAACUGGCCAUGAUGUCGACCAGCUUCACCAGUGCCGAGGAGAAGCUGCAGCUUCAACUCCAGCAGGCCGUCGCAAAGCUCGACGAGGUCUUCAGCGGUGCGCUGCCUCGCUCCUGCUGUAACGCCAGCUGUUUUGUAGGCAAUGCCGUCAUGGGCCAUCUGGCGGUGGCCGUGCCUUGGAUUGGCAGCUGCGACGGCUACGAACCCGGCUCUCGAGAAUUCGAGGAGAGGCAUAGGAUCUUCCAGGCACGGGCGGAGGAGGUGCAGGCGCUGAAUCGCCGCCCCUCGCGUCGCUGGACUGCGGGCCUCGGGCCCCUGGCAGACUAUCGCGACGAGGAGCUGCAGGCGCUGCGCGGCUGGCGUGGCACAGCUGGCUCCGACUCCCAAGCAGACGACCCUAGUCUGGUGCAGGUGCGCUCGCUGCCGGAGCAGUUCAACUGGACCUCGCUGGCUGCUCUGCGCGAAGUGGCGAGCCAAGGCGGCUGCGGCUCGUGUUGGGCCGUGACGAGUGCCGUUGUCCUCACGGCUCACGCAGAGAUCAGCGGCCGACCGCGGAGCUUCGCAGCUCAGGAGCUUGUGGAUUGUGUCCCGAAUCCGAAGCACUGUGGUGGAAAGGGUGGCUGCACAGGGGCCACAGUAGAACUGGCGAUGAGUUAUGCCAUGCACGUGGGCCUUCGCAAAGAGAGCGAAAUGCCUUACAAAGCCAAAAGCGGCGAGUGCGGGUUGCAGAGCUUGCAGCCUCCGAGUGCCCUCCAGACAGCCGCAGCCUUCAACCAGGACAGUGGGCACGACGAGGCGCUCGACGUGAAGGAUCAGUACCGUGCACAGGUUGAAGAGGACUUAGCUGCCCUCGCGUACCUGCAUGAGCACACAGACCUGCAGGCGCCGCACGUGCACCGCGCCGCGGCGGACUCCGCUGGGCUUGGCUUCGGCCUGCAGGGAUGGGAGAAGCUGCCACCCAACCGUCAAGAGCCUCUCCUGCGAGCCCUCUACGAGCGGGGGCCCGUCGGCGUUUCGGUCGCUGCGACGAACUGGCAUCUCUACGCUUCUGGAGUUUUUGAUCAUUGCGCGAAGGACUCAGUCAUUGAUCAUGCCGUGACGCUGAUUGGGUACGGCAAGGAUUCCAAGUCCGGAGAUCUCUUCUAUUUGAUACAGAACUCGUGGGGCAACAACUGGGGUGAGGGCGGCCGCAUUCGCAUUCUGCGCAGUGAUGCAGACGAUUCACAGCAAUGCGGUUGGGACCGGCAACCUGAAAAGGGCACUGCUUGCACUGGCGACCCUGCACAAGUUCGGGUAUGUGGCAUGUGUGGCAUCUUGUAUGACAGUGUUGUUCCCCACUUUGGGACUGUGCAGUGA